CCUUCCUCACAUUCUCUACUUCUCUCACACUCAAACCCACAUUGACACUCAAAACGCUCCGUUUAUGGUUUUCGAUUCAGCGGUUUAAAAUCAGAGCGCUCUCUCGAAUCGAUGGGAAUUCUCAGUAAUGGCGAUUGGCUGAAGAUCCCAUUGCUGAUCAAAUUAUGCGGAUUCAUCGUGAUCUCCGUGACAUUUUUCUUCUUUGGGAAGAACUGGACCGGCGGGGCCCAGCAGCUCCUCUCCUUCAGCGCCGCCGCAGGCCGAUCUCCUCCCUCAGUCUCCAUCUCCCCCAAUCUCAACUAUCCUUUCAACCUCUCCGCCCUCCUCAACGAAACCCUAGCCCCGCCGCCGCUGCCUCCUCCUCCCUCCCCGCCUCCGCCGCCGCUUCUUUCUCCUCCUCCGCCGCCGUCGGACAUGAUCCAGCGGUUCGGGAUCGUCGACGAGAACGGGACCAUGGCGGACGAGUUCGAGAUCGGCGAGUUCGAUCCCGACGAGGUGGUGGAGAAUUGGAGCGGGAAGAAUGAGACGGCGGCGGAGAGUGAUCGGGCCGGGUCGGGUAGGGUUAGUGUGAAGAAGUUUCAGCUUUGUCCGAGCAGUAUGAGCGAGUUUAUACCGUGUUUGGAUAAUGCUGAGGCCAUUAAGCAGCUCAAAUCCACUGAGAAAGGCGAGCGCUUUGAGCGGCAUUGUCCGGAAACCGGCGGUGGUUUGAAUUGCUUGGUUCCGCCGCCCAAUAAUUAUAAGAGUCCAAUUCCAUGGCCAAAGAGCCGCGAUGAGGUUUGGUUCAAUAAUGUUCCUCAUACUCGUCUGGUUGAGGAUAAAGGGGGCCAAAACUGGAUUACGCGAAAGAAGAAUAAGUUUAAGUUUCCUGGAGGUGGUACACAGUUUAUACAUGGGGCAAAUGAGUACUUGGAUCAUAUGUCUAAGAUGAUCCCUGACAUCACAUUUGGUCGCCAUAUCCGAGUUGCAUUGGAUGUUGGAUGUGGUGUUGCAAGUUUUGGUGCGUACCUGAUGCAACGGAAUGUCAUCACUAUGUCAAUUGCUCCGAAAGAUGUCCAUGAGAACCAGAUACAAUUUGCCCUUGAGCGUGGAGUGCCUGCAAUGGUAGCAGCUUUUGCUACCCGCCGUUUGUUAUACCCAAGUCAGGCAUUUGACUUGAUCCAUUGCUCACGAUGCAGGAUUGAUUGGACUCGUGACGAUGGGAUAUUGCUACUUGAGGUCAAUAGGAUGCUCCGGGCAGGAGGAUACUUUGUUUGGGCAGCACAGCCAGUUUAUAAGCAUGAAGAAGUCCUAGAGGAGCAGUGGCAAGAGAUGCUUAACCUAACGACGCGUCUUUGCUGGGAGUUUGUGAAAAAGGAUGGCUAUGUUGCCGUAUGGCAGAAGCCGGUUAACAACAGUUGCUAUCUAAGUCGGGAUGCUGAAACCAAACCCCCAUUGUGUGACUCAACUGAUGACCCAGACAAAGUUUGGUAUGUUGAUCUGAAGCCAUGCAUAACAAGACUCCCUGAUAAUGGUUAUGGAGCAAAUGUCACAACAUGGCCAGACCGCUUGCAAACUCCCCCUGAUAGGCUUCAAAGCAUACAGUUUGAUGCCUAUAUAUCCAGGAAGGAGCUCUUCAAGGCGGAAUCUAAAUAUUGGCAUGAAAUAAUUGAAGGCUAUGUCCGUGCUUUUAAAUGGAAGAAGUUAAGAUUAAGAAAUGUAAUGGAUAUGAGAGCUGGCUUUGGAGGAUUUGCAGUGGCACUAAUAGAACAUAACUUGAAUUCCUGGGUUAUGAAUGUGGUUCCUGUUAGCGGCCCCAACACCUUGCCUGUUAUAUAUGACCGUGGACUUAUUGGAGUUAUGCAUGACUGGUGUGAGCCAUUUGAUACAUAUCCAAGAACCUAUGAUUUAUUACAUGCAGCUGGCCUCUUCUCUAUUGAGAAGAAAAGGUGCGAUAUCUCAACAAUCAUGCUUGAGAUGGACCGUAUGCUAAGACCAGGUGGACGAGUUUACAUCCGUGAUACUCUUGCAGUCAUGGAUGAGCUUCAAGCGAUUGGAAAUGCCAUGGGCUGGAGAGUUAAUUUGAGAGACACAUCUGAGGGUCCUCAUGCUAGUUAUAGGCUCUUCAUGGCUGAAAAACGACUCUUGCAUAGUUGAAGCAUUCGGAUUUGAAGAGCCAGAGUGAUUUAUACUGCUCAUAUCUAUGAAGGAUAAAUGAGCAAAAAGUUUUAAGAAGAUGCCUAACACCAGAAAUAAUCGGUGCCAGUGUAAGUUGUCAGACAGAGAUAAAGAGAAAUUUGUUUUAUUGUGUAGCUCAGAUUGGAUCCCCUUUAAUAUAGUCCCAGACCUCAGUAAAGAUUAUGCAUAUUUGAGUUGGUUCGCUACAAUAGAGAAACAUCCCCUGUUUUCCUUGUG